AUGGUGAAGAGAAGCAAGAAGAGUAAGAGUAAGAGGGUUCCAUUGAAGAAGAAGUACAAAAUCCUGAAGAAAGUGAAAGAGCAUAACAAGAAGAAAACCAAAGAGGCUAAGAAGCUUCUUCAAAGUGGUAAGAAGAAGGUUGAGAAGGAUCCUGGUAUUCCCAAUGAUUGGCCUUUUAAGGAACAAGAGCUCAAAGCACUUGAAGCUCGCAGAGAAAAGGCUAUUCAGGAAUUGGAACAAAAGAAAGCAGAUCGUAAAGAAAGGGCUCGUAAAAGGAAGUUGGGCUUGCCAGUGGAUGAUGAUGACUCCAAAUCAGUUGAAACAGCUUCUCUAGAAAAUGUUGCCACUGCUGCCAAGACUAAAGUUGAUAGUUCGGAUAGGGCCUUUUACAAGGAUUUGGUAAAGGUUAUUGAGGCAUCUGAUGUCAUACUUGAGGUCCUUGAUGCCAGAGAUCCCUUGGGUACUCGCUGUGUUGACAUAGAAAAGAUGGUGAUGAAAGCAGGACCUGAGAAACGCCUUGUGUUGCUUUUGAAUAAAAUUGAUCUUGUUCCUCGAGAAUCUGUCGAGAAGUGGCUUAAGUACCUUCGAGAAGAAUUACCUACUGUCGCUUUCAAGUGCAGUACACAACAGCAACGAUCAAACCUAGGGUGGAAAUCUUCUAAAAAAGUCAAACCAAGUAAUACUUUGCAAUUGAGUGAUUGUCUUGGAGCUGAGACACUUCUCAAACUAUUGAAGAAUUAUUCAAGAAGUUACGAGAUCAAGAAGUCAAUCACUGUUGGUUUGGUUGGACUGCCCAAUGUUGGUAAGAGUAGUCUUAUUAACAGUUUAAAGAGAUGCCAUGUUGUCAAUGUUGGUGCCACUCCUGGGUUAACAAGGUCAAUGCAAGAGGUUCAUUUGGACAAAAAUGUUAAGCUGCUGGAUUGCCCUGGUGUUGUUAUGCUGAAGUCUCAAGGAAAUAGUGCUACUAUUGCGUUAAAAAAUUGUAAGAGAAUCGAAAAGUUAGAGGAUCCAAUUGGCCCAGUGAAAGAAAUUCUCAAGCUCUGUCCUGCCAGGGUGCUGGUAGCUCUUUACAAGAUUCCAACUUUUGAUUCAGUUGAUGACUUCCUACAGAUUGUGGCUACUGUUAGAGGCAAGCUCAAGAAGGGUGGAAUAGUUGACAUUGAAUCUGCUGCAAGAAUCGUUCUUCAUGAUUGGAAUGAAGGUAAAAUACCAUAUUAUACUAUGCCCCCAGUUAGUGAACCAGAACCUUCAGAGGCCAAGAUAGUUUCAGAGUUUUCUAAAGAUUUUAACAUUGAUGAAGUCUACAGUGGUGAAUCUUCUUUUAUUGGGACCCUUAAAUCGACUGUUGACUUGGAUCCUGUUGAAGUUCCUUCAAGUUGCCCUCUCAACUUUGAUGAGACAAUGUUAGAGGAUAAUGAACAUGGUACUUUGCCAAAACAAGAUGAAGCUCCUGAGAAAAUGGCUGACAAUGAUGAGGACGAAUCCAUGGAAUCUGAUAAAGAUGAUGUUAGCAAGGACAAAGGUAAAACUGCAAGUAGUAAACAAAAUGAGAAGUUAUACACAGCAGAUGGUAUACUUAAUCCAAAAUUAAGGCGGGCAGAGAAGAAGAAAAAGAAGAAGGCUAACAAAGCCGGUUCAUCUGAUCCCAUGGAUGGUGAUUAUGACUUCAAAGUUGAUUACUUCAAAAAAGACACAAUGGACGUUGAAGGUGGCAGCGGUGAUGACGACAAUGAUGGUGAUGAUGAACAAGUUGACUCCGAGGUUCCCAUGUCUGGUGUUCAGGUUGAUGAAUGA